AUGUCCCUCUCUCUCCUGCGCAACCGCGCAACAACACUUCGCCCAUUGGUGGUACGCGCCUUGGCCACAGACGCAGCCCAGCCGCCGUCGAAGAGCGAGCCCCAGAGCUCGUCGUCGGAGAUUGCGCCGUUGCCGCAGAAGGAUGUUGUUACGGCGGACGCCAUCUCUGGUGCCCCAGAGCAGUUGAGGAACCGCGUCGUCCGGAUUUACCAGCCCACGCGCAACACCAUGCAGAGUGGACCCGGAAAGUCGAGCAAGUGGAGGAUUGACUGGGAUAUCCUGUCGGGCAGUGGACGAUGGGAGAAUCCUCUCAUGGGUUGGGCAUCCUCGGCGGACUACAUGCAGGGUACCCGCAUGAACUUCCGCACGAAGGAGGAUGCCGUGCACUUUGCCGAGAAGCAGGGCUGGGAUUACUACGUGCAGCAACCAGAGGUCAAGCGCGUUCCUCCGAAGAACUACGCGGAGAACUACUUGUACAGGCCUGACAAGCUCCGUAUUGCAAAGACCAAGUAG